CAGAGCCGUGGCCUGCGUCUCUCUCCCUCCCCUCCCCCUCUCUCUCACACAUCACAUGCUAAAUUGCAGUGCAUUUUCACCAAAUCCCAAGUUAGUGCGCUCUCUCUCUCUCUCUCUCUCUCUCGCCCCGCCCCUUCCUCUUCUAACUCACCCCCAACCCCAACCCACUCUCUCUCCUCCCCAAAACAAUAAAUAAACAAAUACAACGGUGCCCAUUUCCCCUUCCCCCCCGGCCCCUUCUACCAAACGCGUUCUACGCUAACCUGCGCUCUGAUAAUUGAAGCCUGGAAGAAGAAAUUCAUCAACAGAGAAUAGGCCGGCUAGGAUUAGGAACUAGGAACCCGUCUAAUCCUUUUUGCCUACCCACACCCUGAUUGAUUCUCUGUGAAAAAAGGUAUCACACUUUUGUACCCCGAUUUGGGUCACAUCUCUGAAACCCAUCUACUCGGCUAACGUGCGCCGCCGGAAGUUAUUGUUACCUGGAAGCUCCAAAUUUUUUGCCCCCGGUGGGUUUGGUAUCUCCGAGAUGGGUGGUGGUGUUGGGAGGUUUAUGCUGGUGUUGGUGCUAACGUGCACCGGUCUCCGAUCAACGAGUGCAGAUCCGGACGACGAGGCGUGCCUGAGCCACCUGAGCGAGUCGCUGGUGGACCCAAACCACAACCUCCAGAACUGGACGCGAGAUACCUUCAAGAACCCUUGCUCCGGCUUUACCUCCUACCUGGAAGGCGCCACUUGCAACAACGGCCGCAUCUACAAGCUCUCCCUCACCAACCUCUCUCUCCGAGGAUCCAUCUCUCCGUAUCUCUCCAACUGCACCAAUCUCCAGGCCCUCGACCUCUCCUCCAACGCCCUCUCCGGCCCCAUCCCCGCCGACCUCCAGUACCUGGUCAACCUCGCCGUCCUCAACCUCUCCUCCAACCGCCUCUCCGGCCCCAUCCCGCCCCAGCUCGCCUUCUGCGCCUACCUCAACGUCAUCGACCUCCAUGAGAACCAACUCUCCGGCCCCAUACCUCAGCAGCUCGGCCUCCUCGUCCGCCUCUCCGUCUUCGACGUCUCCAACAACCGCCUCUCGGGCCCCAUCCCCCCCUCCCUCGGCAACCGCAGUGGCAACCUGCCCCGCUUCAAUGCCAGCUCCUACCAGGGCAACAAGGACCUCUACGGCUACCCAUUGCCGCCCAUGAAGAGCAAAGGCCUCUCCGUGCUGGCCAUUGUCGGGAUCGGAUUGGGAAGCGGGUUCUUGAGCUUGGUACUGAGUUUCACCGCCGUGUGCAUAUGGCUCAGAGUCACCGAGCAGAAGAUGGCCGCCGAGGAAGGCAAGAUCAGUCAGCUCAUGCCUGAGUAUUGAGCUGGAUAUUUGGAGGAAAAAAGGGGGAAAUAUUAAUUAAUUCAAGCAGCUGUCUCUUUUUUUUUCUUUUUUUUUUAAAUUUUCUUUUUGGUAUAUAUCUACAUGAGAUAACGAGUUUUUUUAGAUUGUUGUCUUUUUACGGAUUUUAGUAAUCUUUGCAAAAAUCAGUUUUCAGUU